AUGCCGCAACCCUCGAGAGGCGCCACCGAGCAGAGGAGCGGUAAGCGCAAAUCGACCGGCAAGAGGAAGCUUUCUGAGCAAGAGGAAGCAUUACACCAACCUCAGCACCAACAGGCGACGAUUUCGGAGCUCCUGUCGCGGAAUCACACAACCCACGGGAAAGAGCAUCAUCUUCAUCAUCACCAGCUAUCCUCCCCGACGAGCAAGCGUCCCCGGCUAUCGCCAUCCCCCUCGGGUCUAACUGCUGCACAAGGUCCGCGGGGAUCGGCUUCAUCCAACACCAUGUACAAUUUUUCCAAUCAGGAAACAAAAGGCAAUGGAUUAUUUGGUCAAGUUACACCGGGUACCAACUCCGGAAAUGUAGCAGCAAAGCCCCGCUCCUUCAACGCACCAGUGCGCCAAAGCAACUUUACUCCUCACACUGGCGCCAAGAAGCUCGUUGUCAAGAAUCUUCGGGUGGGCUCUCGAUUGAAUCAAGAUUCAUACUUCGAGAAGAUAUGGGGCCAGCUUGACGCCGCGCUGACCGCGAUUUUCGAUGGCGGGAAACCCGAGGUCUCGCUAGAAGAGCUGUACAAAGGGGCUGAGAAUGUAUGUCGUCAAGGGCGAGCUUCAGCGCUGGCCAGACAACUGCAAGAGCGAUGCCGAGGACAUGUAUCCGGUAAACUGCGUGAUACGCUGGUAGCAAAAGCAGCAGGGGGGAACAACAUCGAUACGCUACGAGCCGUUGUAGAUUCGUGGACGACAUGGCAAUCAAAGCUGGUUACGGUACGCUGGAUUUUCUACUAUCUCGACCAGUCGUUCCUCCUCCACUCCAAGGAAUACCCAGUUAUACGCGAAAUGGGCUUGAUUCAGUUCCGGCAACACAUAUUUAAUGAUCCAAUCUUACAGCCACAAGUUUUACAGGGCGCCUGCGACCUGGUUGAAGCGGAUCGUGACGAAGGGCGCGGUAUGUCGGCGGACUCAUCUUUGCUUCGGAACGCUAUUGAAUUUUUCCAUGGCCUUGAUGUUUAUACUACUGGUUUUGAACCUCUCCUUGUCUCCGAAUCGAAGAAAUUCUUCGCAAUAUGGGCUCAGCAUGAAGCCUCAGGAUAUCUCGCCACUUUCGCGGAAAACAGCCACCGCUUAAUCGAACAAGAAGUAGACAGGUGCACAUUGUUCUCCUUAAAUCGGAGCACAAAACAGAAGUUGUCUGAACUUUUGGAUCAAGAGUUAGUGGCAGAGCAAGAAGAUGUUCUCCUCAACCAAAAUGAUAUUCUUGGUCUGCUGCGGGCCGGCAAUAAGACUGCCUUGGAAAAGCUUUACACUCUUCUUCAACGAAGGGAUUUGGGGGCGAAAUUGAGAACGGCAUUCAGCAGUUACAUCGUUGAAGAAGGGACUGGGAUUGUAUUUGACGAUGAAAAAGAUGCGGAAAUGGUGGCCCGGCUAUUGGAUUUCAAACAGCAGCUUGACGAAACUUGGAUCAACUCCUUCCAUCGGCAUGAGGAACUGGGACAUGCUUUGCGGGAGGCCUUUGAGACUUUCAUGAACAAGGGACGAAAGUCGAGCGCAUCCGGAGGCACAGAUAACCCCAAGACUGGAGAGAUGAUUGCCAAAUAUGUGGAUAGAUUGCUCAAAGGCGGGUGGAAAUUACCUCCUGGACGAAAAGUCGAGGAUGUACCUCUUGCCGAUGAGGAUGCCGAAAUCAAUCGACAGUUAGACCAAGUGUUAGACCUCUUCCGAUUUGUACAUGGCAAAGCUGUAUUUGAGGCAUUUUACAAGAACGACCUUGCCCGCCGGCUAUUGAUGGGCCGAAGUGCUAGUGAUGAUGCAGAGAAGAGCAUGCUGGCGAGGCUCAAGACAGAAUGCGGUUCCAGCUUCACGCACAACCUGGAAUCUAUGUUUAAAGACAUGGACGUGGCGCGCGAUGAAAUGGCGGCGUAUAAUUCUAUUCAGCGUGAGCGCAAGCACCGAUUGCCGGUAGAUUUGAAUGUUAGUGUGCUCUCUGCGGCUGCCUGGCCGUCCUAUCCCGAUGUUCAGGUGCGAAUACCGCCCGAAAUCGCGACGGCUGUCAGCGAGUUCGAAAAGUUUUACUAUAGUAAAUACAACGGGCGCAAACUUAAUUGGAAGCACCAACUCGCGCACUGCCAGCUGCGCGCAAGAUUUCCCAAAGGCGAUAAGGAACUGGUAGUCAGUUCAUUCCAGGCUAUCGUGCUUCUGCUAUUUAAUGAGGUGUCAGAGAAGGAUACUCUGAGCUAUCUACAGAUCCAGGAGGCGACGAAGUUGUCUGACCAGGAGCUGAAACGGACCCUUCAAUCGCUCGCAUGCGCCAAAUACCGAGUGCUCGUUAAGAAUCCGAAGGGCCGAGAAGUCAACACAACGGACGAGUUCUCGUACAACGGGGGAUUCUCCGACGUGAAAAUGCGGAUCAAGAUCAAUCAGAUCCAGCUGAAGGAGACAAAGGAGGAGAACAAGACGACACACGAGCGGGUGGCAGCCGAUCGACAUUAUGAGACCCAGGCAGCUAUUGUGCGGAUUAUGAAGAGUCGGAAGACGAUCACACACCCCGAGCUGGUAGCGGAGGUGAUCAAGGCGACGCGCAGCCGAGGAGUGCUCGAGCCUGCGGAUAUUAAGAAGAACAUUGAGAAGCUGAUUGAAAAGGACUACAUGGAGCGAGAAGAGGGAAACCGGUAUCAGUAUGUGGCAUAA